AUGAGCCCUUUCGACCUCUUCGUGCUUCUCACAAGUGUUUUGCUGUUCGCCGCUGCCGGUCCUGCUGUAGCAUCUGCUCAUUCGAACGAGACAUCUUUCGGCACCAGUGAACGAAACAACGCGGCUGCCAAAGGUCUGCACGGGUUCCAUGCCGCGAAUGGUAGGGUACAAGAAGAGCGCGGUGUAUCACUAGAGACUGCUUCUGACGUGGUCCUAGACGUGGCCAAGUCACAAGUGAUGACGGGCAUCGCUGAAAAGCUCGAAAAAGUGAAGACUAUCGAUGGCGCCUUUAACGAGAUGAAGCUUCAAGACAAAGUGGCCAAGACCAAACCUGACAUGGAUUACUCUUCCCUCGCUCGCGACCUCUUCGGCACUAACGAUUUUCUGGACGUCUACGACCGCGUGCACAGCUUGCAUCCGGAACAUACGAACGCUAUGAUUGUUGACCACCUGCAGGUGCGUUUUGGCCUGAAACCCCUGGCGAUGCUGCUUCGUCAAGCUAAACAAUUAGUGGAUGGAAAGGCCAAGAACAUUGUUGUCGAGCUGGAGAAGGCGCAGUUUGCAAAAUGGCUCAAUGUUCCCAGCAGUGAUGAGGCAGUCGCCAAAGUCUACUUUGGAAUAGAUCUCUCGAAGGACCUUGGAUCGGAAAAUGCGGUGGAAAAAGACAUAAUCGCUGCGUACUCGAAGUACGCCGAAAAGCAGAAGUUGAAGGUGACAAACUAA